UGUCAGUGACGUGGGAGGUUCAAGCACCCCGCUGACAGCUACCCUUGGAGCUGGCACAAGGGAUCUGCAACAGUUGGCAAGGGGUGUGGCUCGGACGCAGUGGAGUUUGUGAGCGCAGGGAUGAGAAAUGAUUGGUGUUUCUGCAGCUCAGUUGUUAUUACUGCCCUGACCUGUAAUCGGUUCCACGCAGCUUUAAUGCUGUUCUUCGUCUUAAGACUUUUGAUCUUCCCAUUGCUCUCAUGGAAAUAGUGCUGGGUUUUGUUUUGCUCUUCCCUAAACAGUUUGAGUUUCAGUAUUUGAACUCCUGUCUGCAGUGGAAACUGCCCUGGAUAAGAGUUUUCUCCUACAAAUGACAGAUGUAUCACAUUGCAAGGUGGUCGUGCUCUGGAAGAGUUUCUAAUUCCCUUGCUGUGAGUGCUCUGUGGCACGUGCUGUGUCUGCCCUUGAGGGUUAAAUGCCAUUUCAGAAGAACCUGAGGUCAGCUCCAGCAGGAGAAUCCCAGUAUGGUUUGGUUUGGAAGGGACCUUAAGGCUCGUCUCAUUCCCCAUGGGCAGGGACAACUUCCACUAUCCCGGGUUGCUCCAAGCCCUGUCCAACCUGGCCUUGGACAUUUCCAGGGAUGAGGCAGCCACAGCUUCUCUGGGCACCCUGUGCCAGGGCCACACUAAUCUCAUUGGUGGGGUUUGGAUUACAAACUGUCCUUAGAAAGGCCUUAGGGAUGUGCCUCAGGUGCCCCAGUGCCAGACAGGGAUGGUCUCCUCGGGUCAGUGUCCCCAGCCAGCCCUUGGCUGUGACCUGAUGUCAAGAAAGGGCUGUGAGCCGCACAUGACCCAGCAAAAUGAUAAGCUUGCAUGCAGCCUGAGUGUCUUUGGGAGAGCAAAGCUGAUUUUGGGAAAUCUUACAUGUUUUUUCUUCUUGUCCUGAUGUAAGUGGGACUGCAGAAAAAGGAACAAAUGACCCGAGGGUGAAUGUCACAGCAGGUGACUACCCAGUGAAUUUGCUGCAGUGUCACACUGUGCAUGGGAUCAAAACCCAACAGUCUGCUCAUGGAAAAUGGCUGUGAUGGGAAUGUUACAUCUUAUUCAGAGCAAAACCUGGCUGUUUUCUCUUUAUUGAGUGCAGCUUGGGGCUUCAACAAUUUCUGGCUGACAGGAAGGAAACCUCUGAGGUGCUUAAAGUAACCAACCAAACAGAGCCAAAGCAGCCAAAUGCUGUGUUUGUGUUCCUAAAAUGUCCAGUCAGAACCUGAUUUCAUCAUUUUGUGGAAGAUAAAAACGUGUUAAACAUCAAAUCUAAGUUGUGGUAUAUUGCUGCUUUCUGUGAAGAGCUGGUCACUGGUGACAUUCCAGAUGCUGUGGUUUGGUGUUUUAUGAGUGGAAAAUGAGUGAAACCUUUCCAAUGCAUGAUCCUUAAAUGGUUUCUGUCACCAGUCUCCAUCCACCUGACUGUCUGUGGUUCUCUGUGCUUGUCAGGCAGUUCUGUCUGACUGUUGCUGACGGUUUGUCACUUGGGUUUAGCUGUGCGAAGCAGAUCAGAUCUGUAAAUCUGCACUGUGGCUUCAGGAAACUGGACAGUGAAGGUGAGUAAAGCUGUUUGUCCUGUCCCUCUUGUUACUGUGGUACAGGAAAGGGUGUUCCCCCUCAGCUUCGACUGGGGCUGCUCCCAGCUCAUCCCAUGGCUGGUGGAAGCAGCCUUUAAAGCUUGGGAACCCUGGAGUCUGAGAUGCAGAUCCCGGCUGUGCUGCCACACUCCCUGGCCUGUGUGGGUUCACUUUGGGUUUGUCGCAUUUGUUUUCUAAUUAUUUCUCAUUCUGUAAGGUCUUUCUCCCAUGCUUUCUCCCGUGCCCAGAUCCGCUGCCUGUAGUGUGUGUUACACUGCAGCAGUGCAGAAUCCUGCCACUGCCUGCUCCCUCGGAAGGUGUCUGGAUGCUUUUAACUUCCCAGCUGAAUUAUUUUGUGACCUCUUCCAGCAGGAGACAAGAUGUCGGCUGCUAGAGGACAGUAAAACCAUCUCAGAUGCAGGCUAUCAUUUUCUGCUUGUCUUCAAUUAAACUGAUUACCGGCCCUCUUUGUUGUUCCCAGCUCAGGCCAUUCCACAUGCUGCCAGCCGUGUACUUUGGCAGCAGCGAGCGCUGGGAUUUCCUGCAUUGUGUGAGCCUUUGCCAUUGACCUUCGUGAUCCUCGUUCUGGCACCGCCUCUGCUCUGGCAGGGGUGCAAAGGGCAUUAUUCAAACCCUGAAAGAGAAGAGAGAGAAUUGCUUUAAAGGCAUUGAGGGCUCUUUGUACUUUGUGGCUCCGUAGGGUCAUCGCUUCAGAAAAGAGGGGAAUUACUGGGGUUGUCAGGAUAAUUACUGCUUUUUUAUUGUUCUCAUCCCAGUGUAGAUGAGAGUGGUGAGAUUUAUAACGAGUCAUAAAAAUAUGCCAUCAAUGCGGUGUUAGGUGGCGUCUCUUUUGGGUGGAGAGGGGACAAACCUGGGUUUGGUUCCUUUUGGGAAGUCUCACUGGUGUUGGUGUGCCCUGGAUCUUUCCCAGCUCCGUUCUGGGAGCCUGUGGAGGCUCUGCUGGGGAGGCUGGUGGGAUUGUGCUGGAGCCCCGUUGCAGCCUUGCUGUGGGUGCUGGUUUUGAGAAGAUCCCCCUCUCCUUGCUGCUGGAGAUGGGCACUCCAGGGACACAUGAGCCCCAGCACAGGGGAGGUGACAUAACUCACUCCUGCCGCUGUCCCCAUGGCUGUGGCUGCUCCACACCAGUAGAUCACUUGCUCGGGCUGUGCCUGGGGCCUUGUACCUUGAACCUGCUCAAGGCCUGGUGCAGUAAAAGAGCAAUGCUCAGCUGGGGCAGAGGCUGAAAGCACCACUUGAUCUGUUGUUUCCCCUUCCAUCUGGAGCCUUCCUACUCAUCAGGUGCCUGCUGUUGGUGUGGGAGCAGCCGGCCUCGUGUAGGUGUCCCUGGUGUGGCUGGUGGGCUGAUGAGAAGGGCGGAUGAGAUCCUGGGAGUAAGAUCUUUGGAAUAAGACACAACUUCUGCAUUAUUGAUUUGUUUGUGUGGCAUUGUGCGGGUUGAAUUAAAUUAUCUGGAGUGAGAUCCUGUACUUGAUGUAGAACAAAUGCCAGAGUGCUCGGGUUGGAGUGAGUGCUCCUAAGUCCAGCAGGCUCUGAGGUUGAAGGGUUGACAGUGCCAGGCUGAUCUGCUGAUUCUGUGCUUCAGGUUUGCCUUGCCAGGGAUCUGUCCCCCUGUGAUUUGUACCCAGAAGAGAAGAGAUGUCUGCAGUGGGACAGGGACAGCCUGGGGGGCCACAGCUGCCUGAAGAAGCUGAGCCUCCCCAGGGCGACUCAUCUUGUGUUUCACAGAACCUGUAAAUGAGCUUGGGUAGAAACGUGAGACACAGUGAGCUCUGUUGCGGUUGGAGUUGAAAUCCCAGGCUAUCUGCUCUGUGUUGGUGCUGACUUUAAGCUUUUUUUUCUGCUGGGGAAGUAAAUGGCUGCAGUGGACAACCAAGACAUGUGACAGCUGGGGCACAGUCAUGGAAAAUUGGGUUGGUUGUCUUGGUUAUUUGCUCUGAUAUAACUUUUCAUAACACUGUCGAGCAGCUUUUUCCAAGCCUACUGGAAUUUGUUAUUCUUUAUUUCUUCCCUUGAGGUAUUUUUUUUAAGAAGCACUAUCAGAGAAUCUGUAUAAAACAUGGAUUUUUAUUGUUGUUGUGGGUAAUGACUUACAGGCUCCUCUAACUGACUAGGGCUCUUUUCCCACCCUCUUUUUAUAGCAAAUUAGUACAGAACCCCUCUGUUUAUUGUAGCUGUAGCCCAAGGUUAUGAUUUGUAGCAGGAGAAGCUGAAAUAGCAGUUGUUAGCUCUUCCAGUCUGAUGAAAUCAAUUUUGUCUGAUUUUAGUCUCAACUCCUGCCUUGUUUUUCCUCCAGGGAGGGAAGUCAGCACUCCUUUGCCUUCUGCAGGGCUGGGUUGCUGAACUUACCCCGUGGUUUCUCAUGUAAGAAGGUGCUGAAUCGCUUUGCUUUGCUGCUAUACAGAAUAUGCUGGUGUUUGUUUCUCUCUCCUGGGGAAGCUCAAGUGCACAUUACAGCCGAGGACAGCCUUAUGUUGGGAUAUAAAGGUCACAAGUGUUUCCUUUCACUUCUCCAGCUGCGAGUCAGGCUGACAUACACGGGAGGUGACAAUAAGCCUUUGCAACAAAAGGAGCUUUGGGGGUGUUUUUCUCGGGGGAGACCUGCACACCAGUCAGUCCUUUCUGCAUGGGGUCUGUAGCCUUCUUUGUCCAGCUCUAGUAGAGUCGAUUUCCUCCUCUGGAGAAGAAUUGCUGCUGUUCUGCAUUCCACGGGCUCUCUCCAUUGCUCUGUGUGGGAGACCUCUGGCACCAGCAGGGUGUUGUAUCCAGCUCUGUGAGAAGACACAGGUGACAGGGGAGAAGGGUGUCUGAAUACUGAUGAAUGAGCUGUGAUGGAUAACAAGGACUCAGAAGCUGAGAUCCACCCUCUGAAGACGGAGGAUGUAAAAGCUCAGGAGAACCAUGAAAACUUUGUGGAGAGGAGGAUUAUCAAGUCCUCAGGGCUGUCCCGGCUGUCCCGGUGGCGCACUGCUGCCUUCUUCAUCUCCCUCUUCCUCUGCCUGAUCAUUGUGUUUGCUUUCUCCUUUAUCAUUCCCUGUCCAGAGAGGCCAGUUUCGGAAAGAACGUGGUUCCAGUACUACAACAAUGCAGUGCCCUACCCGUUCCUUGCUAUGGAAGAUGUGAAUGAAGACAAAGUGCAAGAUGUGCUGUUCGCUUUCAAAUCCAGCAACGGCAGCGGCCGCUUCAACACGUCCUGUCUGGAUAAAGGGCUGCCGUCUCCCUGUGCCUUCAUUGCUGCCGUGUCUGGCACGAACGGCAGCGUGCUCUGGGAGGGCCCUGCUGCAGAGGACGUGCAGUGGCUGCAGUGUGGCAUCCAGCAGCUGGGCACGGCGAAGGCCCCGGGCUGCCUCGUGGUGGAGAAGCCGCUGUCCCUUACAGCAGUCGACCUGCGGACAGGGGAAGUUCUGUGGAGACAAUCCAGGGACUUUGGAGCUAAUUAUACUGUGCUGACUCCUUUGUCAGUGAUUCCAGAUGUGGACAAUGAUGGAGUUCAGGACCUGAUAAUCUUUAUUACUAAAGAAGGCCAGGUUAAGACUUUCAUCUGUUCAGGAAAAACUGGCCAGCAGAUUGGCUCCACUGACAGCCUGAGCGUGGAUGGCAACGCUCGCUACGUCAGGCUGAACCGGCGCUCCUCCUCCUACUUCCUUUUCUACACAGAGAACUCUCUCUAUGCGUAUUCCCUGGAAGAUCUGUGCAGUGCAGUGGUUGGGACAGAAGUUAAAUUUCCCAACUUCCAGCCGGAUUCUCACUGGGAGAAGCACAUUGACCCUGCCACGCACCGCUUAUCCCUUCUCAGUUUUGGAGACAUUCGCUACCUGACAAAAGUUCUUGUGCAGUCACACGACGACAUCUUGGUUUUGAGCUCGGAGAUGGCCACGCUGAUCAACACAAAAGAUCUCCACACUGUGUGGACCCUCAACGUGUCCCGUGCUUUGAGUGAGCCGCUGCUCGGUUACUACAAACCUGAUGUCCAUGGUAUUGUCCUGGAGAGUGAAAUUGGACCCAACAGGAAGAAGGUUAUGAUUGUUGAGAGCGGAUCUGGAGCAGUCCAGUGGGAGCUGAAGCUGAACUCGGCAGCGGGGAGCCCAGGCCCAGCCAUGCUUCCCACUGCGGAUCACCGCUCUGCCUUCCUCAUGUGGGGAGACUACCAGGAGCCAGGCAACGAGACAAUACACAGAGCUCCUCUCCAGAAGCUUUACCUUUUCCAUCCUUCCUACGCCAAUGUCCUGUUGGAGCUCCGCAACAGCACAGACCAAAUAAUUGCGUUCACUGCGGCGCUGUUCGAGCGGAGCCGUCACGCCUGCUACGUGCUGCUGCGGGGCCCGCAGCCCGGCGAGGGGCCAGGCCCCGUGUCCCUGAUGAAGAGGAAGCUGAAGGAGGAUGUCUCGGUGAGCAGGGUGAUCUGGCUGCGCCGCACGGAUGGUGACAACGAGCAGCACGUCCGGGACCGCCUCUACAGGAUGCGAUUCCAGAGCCGAGAUUGAGCUUGCUAAGGAAUGGGGAGAGGCUGCCUCUGCUCUGCAGCCCUGCUCCCAAUGAGCCCAGAGCCUGGAUUCCUUUCUUGAUCCACAAACCAAAGCGUGGCUGGCAGGGAAGCACCCCCCAGUGUCUAGGGCCACCCAGGCUGUGGGGUCAGCUGCCAGUGUCCAUCCUCAGAGCUGAUGGGACUUCAGUGCUUGGCCACCACUGAAGAGUCACCAGCUCGGGAAGGAGGGCUUUCCCCUCCAUCCCUGUGUGCCCGCGGAACUGUGCUGACUCAGGAGUGUGUCUGGAGGAAAACAUCUGCUUGCUGGGAUGCCAGAGUUGAUGAUUCCUGGGAUGUCUGAGAAGUGGAGUUCGCUGUGUGGUGUUAGAUUUCCUUUCUGAGUCAGCUCUCCUGGCUGGGGAGAGGUGAUUGGCUGCAGGUUGAUUUGCAAUUACCCUCUCCUGGAUUUGGGCCCCGCUUCAGUAGCGGUGGGGGGUGUGUGGUGACCCCAGCCGUGGCUGUGGCAUGUCUGGUGUCACUUGGGCCAGCAAAGCACAGGUUAAAGCGUCGUUCUACUUAGCAGAUGGCCUUUUCUCCCAAGAGCAGCCCCACGUGUCCUACUCUGCAGCCACCAGCCUACCUGUGUCUGUGUCCUCUGCUGCUUCCUUCCCAGCCAGGCUGUGCAGUGUUGGUGACUCCCAGGGGGAGCUGGUCUCCCACCUGAUGGAUGCAUCAAUGUUCCUCCCUUCCCUCAGUCUGCUUAUAGGUGGUGAGAGAUCCACCCUGAGCCCAGGCCGGCUGGUCUCUGGAGGUACCACCACCACCUCUUCCAGGUUUAAGAAACCAGAGGGGAUCUGGCUUGGGUAGAAUUGCACUUUAACCUUCUCUGGGAGCUGGGCUUGCUGCUCUGGGAAGCCCUGUACCCAAGUGGCAGUGCCAGCACCCUGCUCAUUCAGCCUUGCAGCUGCUGAGGAGCAUUCUCCCAGCGCUGUCCCUGCUGCCAGGAGCUGGGCAGGAGCUCCAUGCUGCCUCCCUGCCCUUGGAGUUGAAGUGAUGCUGGGUGAGGAUCCUCGAGCACUCUUCUCUCUGCCCAGGCUGGUGUCCCGAGGGGAUGGGCAGGUUGCUGUGUGGAGGUGACGUUUCUCCUGGAGACUCGUGUAGCGCCGUGAGGUGUUUGCUCUGCUCUGUCCCGAUGGGUGCCAGUGCAGGCUGUAGAAACAAGGUGCACAGCCUUGAAAACAAUUUGAACCAGCUGCUCAGUCCUGAAAAUAAAAAUAGGCCUAAAAAUAACCUCUCUCAAGCUCUGCAGUGCUGGAGGGGGUUUGGCCAGUGCCUCCCUCCCUUGCUGAGUCUGACACUGGGGGUUGUGUAGAAACACUGUAGGGUCUGAAUGUGCAGCAUCAGGCAUCAGCUCUUCCCUUCAGCCCCUGCUGAGCCCCAAAGUGCCACUGGGCAGCUGCUGUCACCAGCUCACACCACAGCCCCAGCUCUCCCAGGCUGGCGGCACAGGGAGCUGGGCUGCCUGGACUCCUCCUGCUUCCAGCUGGCCAGUGGCUACCUAAAGGGUGCCCUAUUUCCCUCUGCCCCAUGACCCACAUCCAGGGCAGUCAAGGGAGGCAGUCCUGGGGUGUCCCAGCUGUGCAGGAAGCCAGGGAAACCUCUGCACAACCUUCAAAGCACCCUGGGCUCAAAAUGGUGGGGUUGCCCCUCUGCUUCUCUUCCCAGCUGUUUUCUGAGGGAGUCCAGGAGUGCAAGGAGGCUCCCCUGCUGUGUCCCCCAGCUUGGGUUUCCUCUUUGCUCAGGACUGUAGGCCUGACAGUGUUCCAGGUCCCUGUGCCAAUGUUGCAGCCGUAAGAGGGCUGGAUUGAGGCUGCCCUUCAGCCAGUGGGGCAGGGCACAGGGCAGGGGACCCCCAGGCUUGCACUCUAGUCCAGCCUGAGUGUUGGGUGUGGAUUGUUUCCUGCUGAGGUUCCCCUGGCUGGGAGCAAGGUGCCUGGGCUAUAUUCUCACUACACUCUCCCUCCUCAGAUCCCUACCCAGACCUGACCUUCCCACAGGCACACUGAAUGUACCUUUAGGAGAGCUGGAUUUUCAGCUUUGGGGAGCUUUUCUGGCUUUAAGUUCUCCAGUAAUGAUUCUGGACAGUUGGGAAACGCAGAUUUCGCCAUGGCAGCUCAAUUAAAUGCAUCCGUGCCAAACCAGCACCUUCUUAACAAAACCAGUCUGUUUUCCAGCUUGUUUCCUGUGUAAUUUUUUUUUUUUUUUUUUCUUCAGUAUUUAAUGAAUGACUUUGUGCCUUGAUUCAAUAACUCAGCUGGGUGGCAAUGGCUAUAUCACUGUGUUAUGUGUUAGUGUGGUUUUUAACACUGAGACUGUUUGGUUUGGUGGUUUAACUUAUUGCAAAUUGUGCCGCACAGGACUUGCUCUAACCGGGAUGGUUUCAAUAAAUCCUCUUUUGCAUUGUUUGUAAA